AUGAAACUGGAAUUGUCAUUAUAUUGUCGUUGUGACAUUGUCGUUGUGGUUGAACCAGACAUUGUCGUUGUGGUUGAAACUGGUGUGGUUGUUGUGGUUGAAACAGAAUUGUCGUUGUGGUUUGAAACUGGUGUGGUUGUUGUGGUUGAAACUGGUGUGGUCGUUGUGGUUGAAACAGGAAUUGUCGUUGUGGUUGAAACUGGAAUUGUCGUUGUGGUUGAAACUGGUCUGGUUGUUGUGUUGGAAACUGGAAUUGUCGUUGUGGUUGAAACUGGUCUGGUUGUUGUGGUUGAAACAGGAAUUGUCGUUGUGGUUGAAACUGGUCUGGUUGUUGUGGUUGAAACUGGUGUGGUCGUUGUGGUUGAACCAGACAUUGUCGUUGUGGUUGAAACAGGAAUUGUCGUUGUGGUUGAAACUGGUCUGGUUGUUGUGGUUGGACCAGACAUUGUCGUUGUGGUUGAAACUGGUCUGGUUGUUGUGGUUGAAAAUGGCAUUGUCACUGUGGUUGAAACUGGUGUGGUCAUUGUGGUUGAACUUGGCAUUGUCGCUGUGGUUGAAACUAGUGUGGUCGUUGUGGUUGAACCAGACAUUGUCGUUGUGGUUGAAACUGGAGUGGAUGCUGUGGUUGAAUUUGAAGAAACUGGAGUGGACGCUGUGGUUGAAUUUGAAGAAACUGGAGUGGAUGCUGUGGCUGAAGUUGAAGAAACUGGAGUGGACGCCGUGGUUGAAUUUGGAGAAACUGGAGUGGAUGCUGUGGUUGAAUCUGAAGAAACUGGAGUGGUCGUUGGUGGCACAUUCCCUGCUAAAAUAGUUGGGAGGAGGAUGAAGGUUUGGUACUGA